UUUGCAAUUCAGACAGGUGCUCAAACAUAUAAAUAGAAGCUUGUCUUACAGCAUCUUCAGUCAGUGCUAAACAAGUGUCUGCUCCAACAUGAAUACCAAAAGCAUUUCCGUAAUUCUUCUCGCGUGCAUUAUUGGUGCUCUGCUUAUUGACAGCACCGAAGCAUGGGGGAAACGAUGCCGAUGCGCCAAACGCUGUAUGAAGUGGGAGAAAUUCAGAGGAUGGUGCGGCGGUAAGUGGCAAAGAAAAGCAGUUUGCUGUAGCCGAGGUGGUUGGGGAUACGGCGGUGGAUACGGUGGUGGAUACGGCGGCUAUGGAGGUUACGGAGGCUACGGUGGCAUGGGAGGCUAUGGUGGUUACGGUGGAUACGGAGGCUAUGGAGGCUACGGUGGCAUGGGAGGCUGGGGAGGAUACGGUGGCUACGGCGGAGGCUACGGGGGAUACGGAGGCUACGGUGGUUACGGAGGAUAUGGUGGUUACGGUGGUGGCUACGGAGGAUACGGAGGUUACGGAGGUUGGGGUGGUUACGGAAGAAGAGGAUAUGGAUAUCAUGGCAAGAAAUAUUGAGCGAUGUCUGGACUACCAUAGAUGCCUUUAUAAAAACGACCGGAAUCAAAUGGACUUGAACCUUCUUAAUCAUUCAUAUUAUGCUCAUGUUGAAAAAAAGAAUAAAAAAAAUUAAUAUCAAGUAAAAUAAAUACAAUGUAUUUAUCGCA